CAAAAAUCAUGGAAUCUAUCAAAGUCCAAAUCCCUAAAUGAGAUCAUCUCUCUUCCCAAAAGCCAAGUCCAUACCUUUCCUCCAUGGCUUCUUCAUUGCUUUCCCAAACUAGUAAAAUCUCCUAGCUUUCCAUUUCCACAAUAAACCCGUGAUCCAAAACUUGCCUUUUUCUCCUAAAGAUCUUCUCUUUUUAAGUUUUGGUUUCAGAUACAUACAUAACAAAGUCUCUUCCUUUAUUCAUCAAUGACUACAGCAAUAUCGAUGAAUCCAUCUUUGUUUCGAGUAAUCUGUAUACUCCAUUCGAUAAUUGCGCUUACUAGUGGAACCUUAAUGAUGUUCUACACAGAGAAAGCUUCAAUCUUUGGACCAGGAAGUGAGAUUGCUAGCAAACUAAAAGGAUCAACACCACACGAUGAACUACUCAUACAGAUUUCUCAGUCAUUCUCUGGUUUGCUUCUGUUUGCAAUUGGUUUGGUACUGUUCAUGGUUUCGUUUGUGAAAGACAAAGAGUUUCAUAGCUUCUUCGCUGGUGGGUCCGUGAUUCUGUAUGUGUUAAUGGCUAUGUGGAGGGUUUUGUUCGAGUGGAAAAUUGAAGAUCUUGCUUAUGAAUGGCCUAAACAAGCUCUUGGAGACAUUGCUUUGGCUAUUUCUUGGGUUUUCUUUCUUGUUUAUUCUUGGAGAGAGAAGUAUGAUUGAUGUUUUUGAUUUUCUCUUUUCUUUAAAAAAAAAACUUGUGGGCUAAGCAAAACCAGAUGAUGUAUUAUGAUAUUGUUUUUGAUCUUCAGAUUUGAUAAAAGAGGAAAUGUGAAAAAGCUUUAGAUUCAGACAAGAUCAGAACAAACAAAAUCAUAGUUUGGGAUUCAUGAAUAUCAGAAGAUCAAGUGUUUUGUCUGAAAUUAAUGGCAACUUUAUUGAUGUCUUUGUUCUUCGAUUGUCCUAUGUGUAGAUCCUAUAUUUGGUAAAUCCAUUCAACUCUUUGUAAAAGAAGAAUCAGAGAUUCUUUUCAUUUGGG